AUGACGGACUACGCACAAGAAUUUAUGGAAAUGACAGAAGCUGCUAAAACUAUGAUACCGUUGUUGCGAGACAUGGAUGACAGGUCCAUAGUCGACAAGUGGAUCACUAGAGUGAAGUCUCUGCAGAGCAAGGACGUGAACGUAUUAAAACACCGGAACAAUUUCAUGAAAUAUUUCAUGGGGAUUAUCAAGCGGACGAUCGCCGAAACUGGACAGUCACCCACGUGCUGUAUGUGGGGAAAACCUGAGCCUGGACCUUUCGACAAGCAAUUGCCUCCGCCUAAACCUCUUCCAUAUCAGUGCCAUUGGACACCGGACAAACGGACUUACGUAGCCAUUCAACCACUUCCAAACCGAGGAGCUAUGGUGUACAUGGCUGUGGCCGAAAAACCCGAACUCGGUUGGGAUUUCCCCAAAAAAUAAUAAUUAUAAUAUUAUUAUGUAUCUAUCGUAUACUAUAAUAAAAUAUACAAAAUAUA